AGGAUUGCAGGAUUUGUCGUACUUCAAGUGCAUUACGCAUUAGCAGCUCUCAAGCUUAACACAUCUUCAUACAGUCCAUCAGUUCGUUUUCGACUCUCUGGGCUCCCAUCAAAUGCAUCGGAGCAGUUGGACUGCCAUCUACUUCAGCCUGAAUUCCUGGGAGCAUCUCUGUGGUCAGACAGUGCAGACUGCGAGGUUGCAGUGUUUGCAGACUCCUCUUGCUCGCAGCUGAUCGAGUCAAGUUCAAGCUCCUACGAGGGUGAUGAGUUGAAGCGCCACUUGCUGCUAGCUGAACCCUUUGACAUUUGGGUUCCUGGACACAGGCAGGCUAGCUGCUUCAAGCUGAGCCUUCCCAGUGCUUUAGUGGAUGGCAUGGAGCACAUGAAGGCACUGACUUCUUCCAUAGCCGUGCGGCGCGGUGAAAUGUUUGACGCUAGCUUUGUUGUGCGUGUGCUUGAGCCAACGACCAGGCUGGAGAUCAUUGUCUUUCGCCGAUAUGGGCCAGGUAUGCAAUCAGACUCGGCCAUCAUUGCAGUUGGAUGCGUGUUUGCUGUACUCUGCAUGGUGCAUGCCGCCGGCGUGGCGCAAACCGAGCGUAUCAGACGCAACUCUCUUGGUCCUGUGAAGCGUGCGUCAGUGGACGCCAAGCUGAUGCAGGAUGCGUCGCCCUUGGCCAACUUCUUCCUGGGAAUAUGCCUCUCACUUGAGUUCUGCCUUGUUACCCUCUAUUUGGUCACGCAUGACUUUGCAAGCCUGUCGACGAUGGUAUGCACACUCUUUGCCCUGCUCAUGCCAGCGACUUUUGUGCCAUUGUUGCUCUGCCGCGAUGGUCCUGACAGGACAGAGUGGCUGGAAGACUACCGGCCGCAGAGGCUGAUGCAAGCCGAGUCGCUACGCCUCACAGCUCGGCACGCGAUCGAGAAUGUCUGCAAGUUCCUAGUUUUUCCUGUGAUGUCCCUGUUCGCCAUGCUACAGCGAUGCCCAGGUGGGCGCUUAUGCCUUACCAGCUCGCUAGUAUCCGCUAUGGCAAUCAUAUCUAGAGGCCUGAUGUCGCCACCCAUCUAUUUCGCAAUAUCCGGGGCAGCAAAGGACAAACCGGCCAUGAUGGCUGUCUACACGCAACUACUUGUAUUCCAGUGCAGUCUUCCAAUUGUAUUGCUCAUUAUUGCUGACCUGGCAAUGCAACCAGACCCUCAUGCCGCUAGUGAUCCGGUGGUGGGACUAACACUGACUUGCACACUGCUGCUUCUUUGCCGACAACUUGCAUUGUAUUGCGCCCGGGUGCAAAUCAAGGAAGAGUGCGAAGAAAUUGGUUUGAAGGUGGACGAUGAGUCGUCUUGCGUGAUCCUUCCCGAGCCAGUGGAUCACUCUGUAGAUAGAAUCGAAACACAUGAUGUUGGACUUCAAACAGAAGUGCUGGAAGAAGCUUAUCUCCAGAUUUAUGGACACAGGAGUAGCAGGAGUAGCCGGCGAAGUUCCGAAGUUCAAUCAGAAGCUCUAGAGUCAUCUUAUCCUGAGAGUCAGGCGGAGGUAAGCAAUCCAGCCAUCGAUGACAUGAAGACUCUGCAAAUCCCCUAUGAGGCUGGAAAUGCCUCGCCCGUGGACAUCAGGAAUGGCAUUUUCGAUUGCCCAACCAUCACAUAUCCUCCUCAGGCCAUGAGCCAUCAGAUCAGCCAACAUCCUCACCGAGAUCGACAUGAGGACAACAAGGAAAUCGUGGAAGCAGACCCGACUGGCAGGCUGCCUGGGAAGGCCAUGAGCCAUCAGAUCAGCCAACAUCAACACCGAGAUCGACAUGAGGACAACAAGGAAAUCGUGGAAGCAGACCCGACUGGCAGGCUGCCUGGGAAGGCCAUUAGUCACCAGAUCAGCCAACAUCAACACCAAGAUCGCAAUGAGGACAACGAGGAAAUCGUGGAAGCUGACCCGACUGGCAGGCUGCCUGGGAAGGAACUGCUUCGCAGACUUUCAAGAAUAUCUGAGCAGUUUCUGCAUGUGAAGGCAAACUCAAACGAGUGGCAGGCAGCACCCCGCAAGAAACAGAGAUCGAGAUGGAGCUUGGAGGAACGAACUACUCACAAGGUGCUCGAAUGCCCUCGGUUCCCUGCACGCGAUCAGGAUCGGCAAGUCAAGAAAAAGAAGAAGCACAAGGAAGGUGUUUUAGAGAAAGAAUGACGCCUGCAGGCGCGUUUGCAUGAUGCCUUCAAGAAUUUGUACAAUUUGCAGCGCUUUUGCUGCCAUGUAUAAAGGCAAACCGCGUGCAAGAUUCAUGCGCAGUUGCGCCCUUGCGCAAACAAGAUGCGCAAGCCUGGCGCCAAAUUUUGUGUACAUGUCUCCCCAGCGGCUUUGAUUGCCAAAGGCAAGCGUGCCUGCUCCGAGACUACUGCUUUGUGUGAAGUCUGUUCUGAGUGGUGCAGUGUCUGUACAGCCAUCUUUGUGGAAGACCACUCUCGUCCGGGCCGACACAGGUAAAGCCAACACAUCCACAAC